AUGGAGUAUAAUGUUGUUGGAGAUGCAAGUAUCAUGGUGAAUGAAGAUAAUCGAGGACGAGAGGAGAUUCGUCAUGGUGCAAGCAAGGGAUGUGGUAAGUCCAAGGAUAUGUGGGGAUCCUUCGAUAAGACAAUUUCCGAAGUGGAGAAUUCCUUAGAUAUGUUGCACGAUCGAGUUGAAUAUGUACAUCAACAAGUGGGGGUGAUGACAUCGGAUAAUGAAGUAAUGCAAGACAAUGUGAAAGGGGCGAUCAACAAACUUGGUGGGGACUUACGUUUGGAGAUGUGUGGCUUACAAGAGAUGCUCCUAGGUGAGGUGGCUAAAUUACAUGAACAAGUGUAA